AUGCAUCGGUCAAAAUCAGUGCAAUCGGAUUGGGGUUCUGUGGGUGAUGGAGAAUCAGAGGGUGCAGGCGCAGGGGGGAGAGGGGCAGGGGGGGCAGGAGGGGCGGGAGGGGCGGGAGGCGUGGGGCUGGUUGCACGGCCAGGGACAGCCUCUUCUGGCAGCACAACUAGUCUGAGGGCCGACGGGGGCGCGCUGGGGAGUGCGGUGAGAGCAGGCGCAGGUUUGAUGAGGGAAGGGAGUGGUGGGGAGAAAGGGCGCGUGGCGGGUCACGGGGGGAGAGGAGGAGGGGGAGGGAGUGGAGGGAGGAUGGGGCCCAUCUCGCACCGCCGCAGCGCCGCUGCUGACCUGCGCGCGUUGCUCAAGGGCAGCGCGCACAUCAAGGCCGAGUUCCUCGCAACUGGCGCCGUGGACUUUCUGGUAGACGCGCUGCAGCAGGCUGACGACGGGAAGGUGAGGGAGCACGCGGUUACCGCGCUGUUCAACAUGGCGUUACACCCGGGCGCGACGCCGGUGCUGGUGGCGUGCGGGGGGAUCGAGGCGGUCGUGGGGGUGCUGAGAAGGGGCGGGUCGAUGGGCGCGCGGGAAAACGCCGCUGCUACGCUCUUCAACCUGUCGAUCGCCGACGGGGCAGCGGAGAAGGUGCGGGCAGCAGGCGCGGUGCCUCUGCUGGUAGACCUCCUUCGCACGGGCAGCACGAGAGGGAGGAAAGACGCGGCAUUGGUUUUGUUUAACCUGUCAAGGGAUGAGGAUGGGGCGAGGGAGCUAGUGGCAGCAGGAGCAGUGGAGGUUCUGGUAGAUCUGUUGACGUUCCGAGAGGUGGGGCUCGUGGAAAAGGUGAUGGCGGUGACGGCGAAUGUGUGCCGGAGAGAGGAGGGGUGUAAGCGGCUGCUGGCCGUGGGGCAACCGCGCUGCUGCGGCAGUGCUGCAGGUGGUGGUGCCAGUGGUGGGGAUUUUGGCGGUAGCCGCAAGAGCAGCGGGAGCGGCAGCGGCAGCGGCAGCAAUGGAGGCAGCCCGGAGUGCCAUGGAGUGGACGCAAUCUCUGCACUGGUGGAGCUUGUAGAGGAGGAUGAGUCGCAGCGCACACGGGAGGAUGCAGUGAUGACCCUGCUCAUGCUCAUGCACACGAGCCAGGAUUUAGAUGCACAGAACGGCACGGAGCACUGCCACAGCAGCUGUCGGAACAGCUGCGAAAGCAGCGACAGCAGCAACAGCAACAGCAGCAGCAACAGCAGCAACAACAGCAGUGGCGGAACCGGUAAUGGUGGGAGCUGCAGCUGCAGUGUGCAUCAGGGCAGCAUGAGUGCGAGUUGUGCUGCUAGGAUGGUAGAAGAAGGGGUGAUAGGGGCGUUGCAGCAAGCAAUGGAUGGGCCAGCGUUCUCUGCUCGUGCUUGUGUCAAGGCACGCGCUCUUCUUGACAUCCUCACGGGCUCGCUUGCCAAACCACCUUGCCUUUCUCCCUCCUCCCCUCUCAAUCCAACUAUGGUUAUUGGACGAUAG